AAUCGAUGGCAUGAUAUAAUCAAAAUUAUAAUUAAUGAAUAAUAAUUUUACCCAAAUGAAAAUUAUAAAUUUACGGUUACAUGCCAACAUCACGUACAGCAUUGAUACUCAACCUUAAUGAGCAAGAAACACUAGCCAUUUUAUAAUGCGAAGUUCUUCUUCUGAUCUUCUCGGCUAAGCGCGCUAGCUCGCUCGCUGCAACAAUGGUUCUCGAGGCGACUAUGAUAUGUAUCGAUAAUUCCGAAUGGAUGCGAAAUGGCGAUUACUCUCCUUGUCGAUUUCAAGCUCAAGCAGACGCUGUUAAUCUCAUCUGUGGCGCCAAAACACAAUCGAAUCCAGAGAAUACAGUGGGGAUUCUAACAAUGGCAGGCAGAGGAGUGCGUGUUUUGACCACUCCUACUACUGACCUUGGCAAAAUUUUGGCUUGUAUGCAUGAUGUUGAAAUGGGGGGUGAGAUGAACAUGGCAGCUGGAAUCCAGGUUGCUCAACUAGCUCUUAAGCAUCGCCAGAACAAAAAUCAGCAGCAAAGAAUAAUAGUCUUUGCUGGAAGUCCUGUCAAAUAUGACAAAAGGGUGCUGGAGGUCAUAGGGAAGACAUUGAAGAAGAACAGCGUAGCUCUUGAUAUUGUUAAUUUUGGUGAAGAAGAUGGUCGAAAGCCAGAGAAGUUAGAGGCCCUCCUUUCUGCUGUGAACAAUAAUGACAGCAGCCAUAUAGUUCACAUUCCUCCUGGUCCAAAUGCCCUCUCUGAUGUGCUUAUCAGUACUCCUGUACUCAAUGGGGAGGGGGGAGGAAGUGACCUUCCUGCAGCAGCAGGAGGGAAUGACUUUGAUUUUGGUGUAGAUCCUAACUUAGAUCCUGAGCUAGCUCUUGCCCUUAGAGUUUCUAUGGAAGAGGAGAGGGCAAGGCAAGAAGCUGCUGCCAAGAGGGCUGCUGAGGAAUCAGCUAGACAAGAAAAGGUAGAGGAACCAUCAUCCAAUUCCCAGGAUGCAACUAUGGUUGAUAGUGCUGAUGAUAGAGCUUCUGAAGCAUCUGGGAACAAUACUGAUCCAGUGCAGGCUAUAACACUGUCAAUGCAAACUCCUGGACAUAAUGAUCCCUCUGUGCAUGAUGUUGAUAUGUCAGAAGCAACUCAUGAGGAAGAGGAGUUGGCUAUUGCUCUUCAAAUGUCCAUGAAAGAUGAAUCAGAUAUGAGCAAGGUGCUGGAGGAUCAGUCCUUUGUGUCAUCUGUCCUUGCAUCACUUCCAGGAGUUGACCCUAAUGAUCCUUCAGUUAAAGAUCUGCUUGCAUCUUUGCAAGGCCAAUCUGAGUCUGAACAAAAGAAGAAGGAAGAUGAGCCACCAAAUGAUGAGAAGUGAAGUUUGUUCUCCGUGAAGGCUUCUAUAUCAAUUGCAAUCUGCCUUGGAUGGAGUAUUUACUUUAUUGAAUUGAGGAAGGCUUCUAUUCAUCUUGACAAUAUGGUACAAGAACAAAUAGAAUAAGUUGGUAGUAUACACUUGCUGAAUUCACUAUGCCUUUUUUUUUUUUUUUUUUUUUUUUUUUAAAAUUAAAGUUUUUGCAUUUCACUUGAAAGUGAUUGGGAUGAUUGAUGAAUUGCUGCCAUCUUGUGUUUGCCAACAUAUUAUUAUGCAGCAGAUAUAUGGAAUAGAUGUACUUGUAUUGCUUCGGUGAAAGCAGGAUAUGGGCUUAAUGUUUCUCAGAAUUGAAAGGUACCAUGUAAGGCU